AAUGGGACACCUCAUAUUGUCUUCUUAACUGAUACCUGAGGACAUUGCAGAUGAGUAGUACAUGGUGGAAAAUUCUCCUUUCAUGAAGACGUACUCUCUUCCUACAAGACUGGUCCUGCACACAAGACAACAUGAAGGAGUGUGUGCUCCUAGUCUUCUUGGCUUUGUGCUCUGCCAAACCCCUAUUUCGCCCUUCGUACGUGACGCUGAAGAAUAUGAUGCUGAAGGACAUGGAAGAUGAUGGUGAUGGUGACGCUGCCAACUCUCUUUUCCCAACAAGAGAGUCAAUUUACCCCUUCUUCCCAUUUGAUCUGCUUCCAACAUGUCCUUUCGGAUGCCAGUGCUACUCAAGAGUUGUACACUGUUCUGAUUUAGGUCUGUCCUCUGUCCCGAACAACAUUCCACUGGAUACUCGGAUGGUUGACCUUCAAAACAAUAAAAUUAAGGAAAUCAAAGAAAAUGAUUUUAAAGGACUCACUUCACUUUAUGCUCUGAUCCUGAACAACAACAAGCUAACAAAGAUUCACCCAAAAGCCUUCCUAACCACAAAGAAGUUGAAAAGAUUGUAUUUGUCCCACAAUCAACUGACUGAAAUACCACUUAAUCUUCCCAAAUCAUUAGCAGAACUCAGAAUUCAUGAAAAUAAAGUUAAAAAAAUAAAAAAGGAAACAUUCAAAGGAAUGAAUGCUUUACAUGUUCUGGAAAUGAGUGCAAACCCUCUCGACAGCAGUGGGAUCGAGCCAGGGGCCUUUGAAGGGGUGACAGUGUUCCACAUCAGAAUUGCAGAAGCUAAACUGACCUCAAUUCCUAAAGAACUACCGUCAACUUUAUUAGAGCUUCAUUUAGACUCUAAUAAGAUUUCAACUGUGGAACUCGAGGAUUUUAAACGAUACAAAGAUCUGCAAAGGCUGGGCCUAGGAAACAACAAAAUCACAGAAAUCGAAAAUGGAAGUCUUGCUAACAUACCACGCAUAAGAGAAAUACACUUGGAAAAUAAUAAACUAAAGAAAAUCCCUUCAGGAUUACAGGAGCUGAAAUACCUCCAGAUAAUCUUCCUUCAUAAUAAUUCAAUUACAAAAGUGGGAGUGAAUGACUUCUGCCCAACGGUUCCAAAGGUGAAGAAAUCUUUAUACAGUGCCAUAAGUUUAUUCAACAACCGGAUGAAGUACGAGGAACUGCAACCUGCAACAUUUCGUUGUGUUUUGGGUAGAAUGAGUGUUCAGCUUGGGAACUUCAGAAAAUAAUAAUUAAUAAUAUCCAUUUAAUAUAAAAUUUAAAAAUUAUUACAGUUGGGAUACUUGAACUCUAUUAAUAAUGGUGGUUUUAUGCUCAGAAGCAAAAAUCUAUUC